GACGUAGUGCAGCUCCAUUUCAAAGCACGUUUCGCUUCCCAUGAACAAAACCGAUGCCACCCAAAGUUAACUGGCUCAAUAAUCCAUGGCACUUUGAAGAUGGACCAAAUCCAAGCGAAUUCAUCUGCAUCAGUCUCUUCUGCCGCUGUAAACACUGAGUCUCCUCAGCGUGAUGCUAAAGCGGGGACCAUCGCAAGCUACGUGAUAGUCGGAUUCGUAGGUGUAUGGAUAUGGGACGCGCUGCUAUCAAUCACUAGCGAAAUAUGCAUGCUCAGAAAACACCGGUUUCCGGCCCUUCCAGAUGUUGUAUACGUUAUAGCACGCGUGACAACUGGCGGAUACUUAACAGCCAUGCUCAUUCUAGCAGUGACGCAUUUUGACUGCUACGUACUAACGAAAAUCGCUGAUUGGUUUGGGGCACUAGCCCUCCCAUGCAACUCACUCCUGUUUCUCCUCCGGGUCAGAGGCGUAUUUUAUCAGUCACACAAAAUAUUUGCAAUGUUUUGUGUUCUGUGGCUUUUCACACUGGGAUCUCUAGCUGGACCCUUUACUAUCAAGGCCAUCAAUGACCACAGCCCACAUUGCCUUCUUGACGUUCAAAGCCUUAGUGCGUUUGCAUUCGUUGCCGUGGUCGUCUUCGAUACCGUCGUUUUUGUGGCGAUAUCUGUCCGAGUGGUUACCUAUAUUGGAUGGGCGGACUCCUGGCAAGGUCAAAUGAAGUCUUUCAUCAGCGGGAAAGGUCUAGGUCAUAUAUCUAGAGCUCUAUUACAAACGGGUCAGUUAUAUUAUCUGGCCUCCGUUGGCGUCACGAUCUUCUCUGUGGUCAUUCUUUUUGUUCCCUCGAUUCCAUCUGUAAUUCGGGGAACUAUGACGAUACCUGGUAUUGCGAUACAAAACGCAAUGGCUUGUCGUGUCUUCCGGCUUCUAAGACGUGGAGCAAUCUAUGAGCAGCCCCCAUCACUCCCGUUGUCUGACACCGAGCUACAUCUAAGCAUACAAUUCGCCGCUAGAAGCUCAUUAUCGGAUACUGGAACCCUGUCCAUGGAUGCUUCCUGAUGCUGUAUGCGGCUCUAAAUGAUGU